AUGUCUGAUGCAUUUGUGGAAUUGCUAGAUGAAAUGAUUGAAAGGCUUUUGAAUUAUAAACCAGGAAGUCGGACUCUACCCAAUGUUAUCAAGCUGUGCCAAACAUUAGGAUUAGAAUCAUUUGUGGAUCAAGUGGAUAGUACCAAGUCAAGGUUAUCAAUUGCAUCUAACAUUGUGGUCAUUGAUAUUGAUUAUGAGAAUGAGAUGGAGACCAUUUUAGAUGUUAAAUUGGUCUUAGCGUCAAACUUCGAUAAAUUCAACUACUUUAACGAAAAGGGUGAAAAUAUACUAUUGACAUCACUUUCUGACGUCCAAGAUUUGAAGGCUUUCCAUCAUAACUUGAAUUUUUUGGUUUUCUUGGAUUCUUUCUCCAACAUCGACAUCGAAUCUGGCCACACGAGUCUUGAUUUAUUUAAAUACUAUACUGAUCUGCCUAAGAUGUUACAAGACUAUAUUAGUGAUCAGCAUUUGCCAUUUACAGUGAAGAUGAAUGAAAAUUCCACGUUUGGAGUAUCAAUAUAUGAUGCCCAGGGUCAAACUAAGAUUAUGACUGUGGAUUUGGAAAAAGCUCCUAAUUCGGAUAGAUCUUUUUAUGAAUAUGUGUAUGACUCUAAACUAAAAGACUGGCUUAACGAAUCAUCUGAUGCAUCUACGCAAGGAAUUAAUCUCGUAUUCAAAUUUGAAGAACUAGUAGCGUUCCCAGAAACGUGGCUUACCACCGAGAUACAGAUGAAUGAAACUCCAAAAAAGUUUGAACUACCACAACAAUCGCAUUUGAAACAUACAGUUAAACUACAGAAUGAACUCACAUCAGAUCUGUUACUUAUGGAUUCGUUUAGGAUAUCCAAUGAAGAUAUAGCAUUGUUGCCAGAUUUUUUGAAGUGGUACAAUUGGCAUAAAAUAGUUCUCCAAGAAGUUUUAAAAUUAAUUAUUCAUGACAACGUUACCAGUAGCAUCUCGACCUCGAACUCUGGAAGUGUACAACCAAAACCAAGAAGAAAGUCCAGCGUGCUAAGUAAUAGGAGGCCAAGUAUGACAGAUUCCAUGAUGUUGAGAGAUUCUGGUAUACCGGAAUUCACUUUGAAGGAGAUCUUAGAUCAGCCUGUAAUAUCAGACACCGAAGAUGAUGAUCAAAUGGACGUCGACAAAGAAAAACAGAUUCCUAUUGUUCUGAACGAGGAAUAUAUAUAUAUAGGAAAAGCCCAGACUUGUUCAUAUAACGAUAAUGAUGAACAAGCAUGGAAAGCCUUUAUAGACUACUUGAAAUCUAAGCUUAUAUAA